GACAGUUGACAGCUACCAAAAAUUUUCACCAACGAAAUUUUCUAAAAAAAAACCUCCUUCUCAAAAAUAACAUAUUAAAAUACUUCUCUGAUUGUUUUUAAUCCUUAAAAUGCGUUUAUCAAUUAUAAAUUUUUUUAAAGACACAGUUCCCGGCCAUAUUUUCCGUGGUAAACGAAGACUUGUCAAGCCAGUGAGUAAAAAAGCAAUGGAAACUUUAACACGAGAAUAUGACCGUCAAGAAGCUAUCAUGCUUCUUUUAAGGAAUCCAUACUUGACUCAAGAAGAAUCCUCCGGUCAUGCUAAAGUUUUCGGUAAACGAGAAGCAUUGGUAAGACAAUGGCAAGAUGCUCAGGCUUUAAGUAAAAUGAAACCUCACAUCACAUUGGAAGAUCGUUUGAAUCAUCUUAAAGUUAAAGAAACAUGGGAUUAAAAGUUUUUUUUUAGAUAUCAUUACGUAUAAUUUGAAUUGAAAUAAAUAAUAUAUUGUCAUGUUUACUGUUGGAGCCAAA